UUCUCAGGUCAGUGAGUCCAGAUGCAUGAGUCUGGGUCAGAGCAGACAACCUGCACCAGUCCAGCCAAUCAGACCGAGAAUGGGGACAGUGCUGAAAAGGACGAUUGGCUGAGCACUCAGACUCCAACUCCAGAGGGUUCCGGGGCUGACAGCCAGCAGCAAAACCAGGUUACCAAACUUAUUUUAUAAAGUGUGGCACAUGCUUACUUUCCACGACUAAAGCAUGUGUGUUCUCAAAUUGGCACAUUUAGCAUAUGUCUUUGUUUGUAUGGUGGGUAGGCUAGUAAACUGAGCUCUGAGCCAACAGCAGUGUAGACAGAGACUGCAUAGGCACUUUGUGAUGAAGGAGGAGGGAUCUGUGAUAUUGGUUAGUUUUGUUUAUGCACACAAGCACUCUGUCAGACUGCCAGACAGCCUAACGUUGUGUACAGCUUACUGCUCUCGGUCUCUUUCCAACCUGCGUCUCUCUAACUGCCAAAGACAACCACUGUAAAUGGAGUUGAUCAGGUUUGUCAACUUGAUUAUUGUCAUUUCAGCAACUGGCCUAUUUCUAUAUUUAGAUAGGAAAUACUUGUUUCUUUGUUUACUGGUAUGUACAUUGGUUGAAUUUGCUUGAUGGAAAGGGCUAUGUUAAAUGUUAAAAUGCAAUACUGUUCGUCACUUAUAUCUGUGCAAACUAUUGACCUAGCUAGUAAUUGUGACUUUGUUAGUCAGAAUGAUUGUGCAUGUCACUACUCAGUGACCUAACAUAUUUAUAAUGUAAUUGUGCCAAAUAAUCUGAGGUAAUUUACUUCAAUCAUAUGAACAUUUCCUUGGCUCUUUAUUGCCUCUUUCAAGCAUUUUCCCUACUCUGGUGUUGUAGUUUAUAUUAAAUUUCUCCGUUAGUGGUUGGGGUUUGGGUGUGUUGUCUGUUGCCUUUGGUUACAUCAGGUUGUUACAUCUCAGUUUAGAGAGAGAUUAAGUAUAAUGGUCUGUUAUAUGAAAAGUAUGAUCAUAUUUUCAGGGUUUCAGAAAGGCAUGUAUCUUGUCAUUGGCAACAUUAGUCUUAGAACACAGACUUCAAUAUGAGGACUAGCCCAGUGUUUACACUGUCCUUCAUGGGUAUGUGGGUUUCUAUCAUCGACAAUAACAAUAACAAAAGAUGUUUGUCAUCGACAAUAACAAAAGAUGUUUGGACUUGUCUGCCCUGCCGUCAUGGAAACAAGGAUUAGGCUAGGCGCAGGGUUUUGUUUUGUUGAUGUUGUGCAUACAAAAGAUGGCCCAUUCCCAUACCAUAUAUACAGCAACUAACAGGCACUAUCUGGCUCUCUAAAGGUUUAUUUCUGUAAUGCAGACGUUUAGGUUCAAAUCCAGCUGAUGCAAUUAUUUUACCUUCUGCUUUAAGUCAUGUAAAGCCAUAGGUCUAAUAUAUAGUAUAGGUCUAUAAGGACCUUAAUGAGCACUGAGCACCUGUGCCAGAGCACGUUUAGUCAGUGUGGGAAAGGGCGUUCUCCACAGCAAUCCAUCCACUGUUAUUGUUAGCCUAGACCCUCUGUGACAUCCUCCAGCAGGUUGUUUACUGGAUCUCAAACAGAGCCAGUCUUAGUUGGAACAUGUUUGUUUGUGGUUCAGACCUUAAUUAAAAUGCAAUGCAGAGUUCUGUUUUUGCAAAACUUGCCCUGCAUCCCUGGCUUUGUAUUCAUUAUUUAUAUAUCUAUUCAGCUUUAAUUAUUCUGUUUAUGUUUACUGUAAACAUCCCCAGAGCUGUGAGUGUAGGGCAGAGAGGGAGAGGGGGUGGUAAUUGCUGGAUGCCUGGCAGAGGCUGUUUGUUCUUCCAAAAAAACACUUUUUAAUGGUGUUGUUGGCAUUGUUUUUCUGUUAUUUUCAGGCUAGCCUAGGUCUAAUCUGUGCUCAACUUGUGUUGUUGGCAGGUUCCAGUCUCAGUGUCUAUGAUGACACCUCCGGUGGAGACUCCUCAGCAGACACUGCAGCAGGUCCUCAAUCCACAGCAGAUCCAGGCCCUGCUCCAGCAGCAGAAAGCACUCAUGUUACACCAGGUAAUCACAUAAUCACCACACUGUCUCAAUCUACAUGUAUAUGCUUUAUUGUGUAUUUUUAAAAUUGUAAUAUUAUCAGCAGCACUUUUUAGUUUGUUUCUCUGUAUUGUCACCUAUUUAUUUUACAUGAGGAUCUUAGUAAGAUGCUGAUGGCUUGAAAGUGAGAGCUGAAUUUCCUCAUGACCUUCCAUUAACUCAACAUUUCUUCUACAGCAACACAUACAGGAUCUCUGCAAGAAACAGCAGGACCAGUUCAACGCCCAGCUCCUACAGCAGAAGCAUGCUGAGAAGUCAGGGCAAGAGGUAGGCCGGCCUAUAUAUUUUCUGUCAUAUGUCUGUAUUUUGCCUUCAACCAAAUGUUGCGAUAUUGUCAACGAUACGAUAUAUUGUCAAACGAUAUCUCAAUAUGUAACUAUCGAUCCCCCCCCCCCCCCCUAUCACAGCAGCUAACGGCCCAGCACAUGGCCAUCCAGCAGCAGCUCUUGCAGGUCCAACAGCAGCACCUCCUCAGCCUCCAGAGACAGGGUCUCCUGUCUGUCCUGCCCUCCAUGAGCCCCUCUGCAGCUCAGGGUAAGUGUCUACCACCCAGCCCCUACCAUUCAUCUAUUCUUAGCUUGUUGUUGUUCUCCUCCACCAUGGCUGCUUGCAGCUAUACUUGUUGUUGUUGUUGUUGUUGGGCUAACAUAUUUUAUUUAUUCGGCUGAAUUAAUUAAGAUGAUAUGUACUUGUGUAUUUCUCCUAGGUUUAGUGAAAGGGUGUGAGAAUAGCGCAAGCCUGCCCUCUGGUGGUGAGUAUCCAGCCACUUUUCAGAAGAACCUGCUCCACAGCCAGCAGUCCACCACUAAUGGGAAUCAUAAAUCACAGCCCCUAAAGAAGAAAGACAGGUGAUUAGUCGUUCUAGAACAGUGUUUAUUCAUUAUCAUCUGACCAACCUCUUCCUGAAGUGUAACAUUGAUGAUGUGUCUCUCUGCAGAGGUCCUGUGGAUGAUCACACACAAAACACUCACCCUCUCUAUGGACACGGCAUGUGCAAAUGGUCUGGCUGUGAGGCGGUCUUUGGAGACUUUCAGGCUUUUCUCAAGUGAGUUUCUCCUCAUCUAUUAAUUUUCUCAGAGAGCCAAAUGAAGGUCCAUCUCUCUUAAUGUAAUAACAACACUGUGUUGUAGUGGCUUCUUGAGUGUUUUCUUGACUUAUCAUGGGAGUGUGUUUUUCUCCCAGACAUCUGAACAGUGAACAUACACUGGAUGACAAGAGUACAGCACAGUGUCGAGUGCAGAUGCAGGUUGUUCAGCAGCUAGAACUUCAGGUAUAGUAGACGUUUGUUUAAAUAAUGUCCAUUCAUUGUACAGUAUCGACGACAUUACAUCUUUGUUUUUUUAUCUUCUCCUCAAUGCAGUUGAAAAAAGACAGAGAGCGUCUGCAAGCCAUGAUGUCUCACCUCAAAUCCUCUGAGCAAAUGUCAAAACCAGCAACACCAACGGUAAGUCUCUGGAGUAUUAGUGGCCAUGUCUUUAAUUCAAAUCAGGUUACCAACAGUCCAAGUGUUAGCCAUAAUGGUAGAAUAAUCACUUCCAAUAUUGCAUUCCCUACAGCUGUGUUCUCUGUACUGCGUUUAAAUUAAUCGUUACAUUUGAUUUUUCAGGUGAAUCUUGUGCCUAACGUUGCCUUCUCCCAGGUGAUGUUUCCCAAGGUGCUUCCUCCCAUGAGCUUGUCUCAAAGUGCCACUGCUCCUUCCACACCCCUGACCCCUCCGCCGACGACCUCUAUCAUCACUCCCAACACCCUGCUCACUGUGAGCCCUGGGAGGAGACGGUACUCAGACAAGUACAGCAAGAACAUGAAUCAAGGUGAGUUAGCAGUGUGAUGCUGAAUCUAAUGAGGGUGGUGGGGUACAUAUUCUAUGAACUACUGUUAUGCCUGUGAUGGUUUAUCUAUUUGAUAAAAAUAUGUUUUAACAGAUAUUGUUCAGAAUAAAGAGUUCUACGUCAGUACGGAAGUUAGACCACCAUUUACAUAUGCAGCCCUAAUAAGACAGGUAAGGAAUACAUGUAUUUUAUUUCACCCUGGUUUACCCUCUGACUAAAUGUUAGCUAUACCAGUUGUUUUGUUCCUCAAAUACCGUAAGUAGUGAUGUCUAUCAUUUGCUAAUUGUAUUUCUUUGUGUUUGUAUUAUUCAGGCGAUAUUUGAAUCACCCUAUAAGCAGCUGACACUAAAUGAAAUCUACAAUUGGUUCACACGAACAUUUGCAUAUUUCAGACGCAAUGCAGCAACAUGGAAGGUAUUUGGCUAUGUCCAUUUAAGGGGUUAUUUACAUGUAUAUGAAUAUCGUUGUGCUAUGUUUAGUUGCUAUGCCAUCAGUGGACGCUGCUGAAGGGAGGACGACUCAUAAUGGCUGGAAUGGAGUCAAUGAAAUGGUAUCCAACACAUCAAAGAUGUGGUUGAUACCACUCCAUUGACUCCAUUCUAGCCAUUAUUAUGAGCCGUCCUCCCCUCAGCAGCCUCCACUGUAUGCCAUAUUCAUGAAUCUUUAGAAAUGUUCAAUGGUAUUAGAACACCUUUUAUGGAAUAAUGUUCUUGUCCUUACCUUGAAGCUGUAUGUGGUGUUAAUACUGUAUGUUCUUCUUCCUGACUCUGCAGAAUGCAGUGAGACACAACCUCAGCCUCCACAAGUGUUUUGUGCGAGUGGAGAAUGUAAAAGGAGCUGUGUGGACAGUUGAUGAGAUGGAGUUCCAAAGAAGAAGGCCCCAGAAGCCUGCUGGUGAAGGGUAAGUUUAACAUGCUUGGUCUCUACAGUAUAGCUCCCUGUAUGUCUCUGUUUCUUAACAUGUUAAACCUGCAUUUCUGUUGGUAUUAUACUUAUAGAAACCAUGUAAUUAAUAUAAAAUGUCUUGUGAGGAUAUUAUGUUUUUCCUCUAUUUCCCAGUUGGUGUGUUUGUUAAAUUGAAUAAUGUGUUUAUGUGUAACUGCAGAUCUCUCAAGAGAGAGAACACUGGCCAUGGUCACAGCUCCGCUUUCCUUACUCCUAAGGUAAGUACACGCAAUACUCUUCAGACUACUUGAAUUGAGUGCUAAACCUUUAUUUUUGUCAUUAUGCUAUAAAUCAAUGGCGUGUGUCUUUUCAGGCUGAAUGGCUAAACAGUAGUAUACCUCCAUUCAACCCAGCUUCCAUAGGCGCUCCCUCUCUGAGCUCUCUGCCCUAUAUGUUCCAGCAGGAGGAGAUGAAUGCAGCUCUCUGGUAUGGGAAUGGAUCCUACAGUGACAGCAGUGAAGAACAGUACCCUAUGCACCCUCUGUGAGUGUUUCAUCACCAUUUAAAAACUAGAUCUGGUAAUGGAGAAAUGGUUCUCAGUUUCAGAAGUCAUUAUAAGUACCUUUUUUCCUCAUCAUGACUUUUUUUCUCAGCGUAAAAGAAGAGCUAAUGGACGAGGAAGCGUAUGAGAAUGUGCCCCAUGACUGUUCUGAGACUGAGAGCUCUGAUGAGCACAGCUCAGAUGUGGACCAAGAUGAAGAUGGCGGGAGCCCAGAGAGACCCAACCUGCAGCUGGCUCAUGUGCCUUCGCAGUGAAAGAGAGACUGUAUUCCAACCUGUCAAUCUCAACUGCAAGACUCCCACAUUGAACAACUAUGAAAUAUACCAAAUGACUUGUAGAACUGCUUCAUAUCAAGUGGAAACACACAACAAUUUUCUCUGGAGGAAUUAAUUGACUAUUUUAUUUAUUGGGGAUAUUUGGUGCUCUGUUUUACUGGCAUCGUUUGUACUGGGUAUUAUCCAACCGAGCUCACAUUGAAGACAACAGAACCAAUAGAGGAAUUAUUGUAACACCGCUUGUCCUCAAAUAAUGUAUUCGGAUUGGCUUAUUGUGAGGCUGUACAACCAAUGAUGAAGCCCUAUGGGGAGCUGGUUCAGUGAUGCAGAGUUUUUUCUUUCUUCGAUGUCUUUUGUUUCACUCUUUCAUGAAUAUGUGUAUAUUAAUAACCAGAGCAUUGGUAAUAUUUAUGGACAGCACUUCAUGAAGAAUAAUGUUUUUCUCCCACAAACUUGUUUAUUUUUACCUAUGUGAGUACCAGACAACCACCAGAUAGUAAUCCUCUGUUCCAUUUGUGACAUGAUAUCAUUGAUAAUUGGUUACUUUUACACUGCCAAAAAUAUGAUUUAUGUAUAACCUUCUCUGUUGGGAUAUAAUUAUUUGUGUAGCCUACUAAUCGUAUUUUUUCCCCACUAUCCCAAACAUAGCUUUUUGGCCUUAUUUAGCAUUGUAUUGUACAUUGCCAGAGUUGUGCACUAAAAGCUGUCUGUAAUAAAUUCUGUAUAUAAAG